CGCCUCUCUCCCGGCCUCCUCGCGGCAGGGGGCGGGGCUUGCGGUGAGACCCGGACGAGCGGAGAGGCGAGCGGCGAGCGGCGAGCGGCGAGUACGCUUGGGGAUCCCGAGGCGCUGUUGGGGUUGCCGCCAUGUCUUUCUGCUCUUUUGGCGGAGAGGUUUUCCAGAACCACUUUGAGCCAGGUAUCUACAUCUGUGCCAAGUGUGGCUAUGAGCUCUUUUCUAGUCGAUCAAAGUAUCAGCAUUCUUCUCCGUGGCCAGCCUUCACUGAGACAAUACAUGCUGACAGUGUGUCGAAGCGUCCAGAGUUUGGCAGGCCACAAGCCUUAAAGGUAUCCUGUGGCAAGUGUGGCAAUGGCCUGGGUCAUGAGUUUAUUGAUGAUGGACCAAAAAAGGGCCAGUCCCGCUUCUGAAUAUUCAGUAGUUCACUGAAGUUCAUUCCAAAAGACAAUGAAACUUCAGCUCCAAAGGGAAAGUAAUUGGGCAGUAGAUACUGCCCAAUACUGGUUAUGGACACAUUUCAACCACCAAUUUACUUUGUAGUCAUCGAUUGGAAGUGGAGUUCAUAAAAGUUCAGACCAGUGGACCAAAAGGCCACUGAUGAAAUUACAACGGCUUUGAGAUCAGAAGAUCCUAGAUGGAGAGCUGGAGGGGAUCUUUGGUGCCAUCUUGUCCAACUCCUUCCUUACCGAUGAGUUAAGGGAAGGCCAGAGAAGUCAACUGAACUGAAGAAGACCGGACAAGUGAUGAUAGAGAGGGGAUUUAAACCCAGAUCCUCUGAGUUCAAGUGCAGCCUGUUUCCCAAGGUUCUGGGCCGCUUUUCCUCGUUUCCUUUAGGUAGGUUCUGUCUAGAAAAGGGCCAAUAUUUAGAGAAUGGGCAGAGUAAAUAAAAACUCAGUGAUGAACAAACCACCUAUUGCAUCAAGUUUGUAGAAUUGAAUUAGAAUUUGGUUGUUUGUUUUGUUUCUUUAGUGAGAGUGUAAAUUCCAAAUACAUAAAACUUAGAUUUUCUUAAACUUUUGGCCAUAAGGAGAUAGAAUUCUUAGUGUGAGCCAGCCAUUCAUUUCUUGUUUAAUCUCAUCAUAUUUUUAAUCAGCAUGCCCUCUCCCCUCCUGAGGUUCCAAAUGAUGAUCUUCUGAACUCCAUGUGGUCUAGUUUUGAAAGAGAAUUUGAUUGACUUUAAGUAGCAUAAACCAGAUUUCCACAAAGCUUUAGUAAGGAAUGCAAAUCCUGAAAAUUUUAUCCUGUUAUUUUGGUUUGGGGUCACAGUAUGAAUUACCGUGGUUAAACCCCUCCAGGAUGGCCGUGGUGAUGAAAGUUAGUGACCAGGCCAGAAAACAGGACAGAUUUUUUUUAAUCUUGAUUUGCACGCAAUAGAUUUUAAAGAUAGAUUUUUAAAUAUUUCACUGCAACUUGUGUUUCUUGGGCUUAUGAAACAUAGUUGGUCAGUUACCUCUGAAUGUGGAAAGGGCUACUUCCUUUACUACAUUUAAGCAUUUUGUCCUUUUUUUGGCUUGGUACCACCCUCAUUUUAAUGAUCAAUUUUCCUUUCUCUGGCAGAGAGGGUAAAAGCCUCAUGGAUUUUUUUUUUGUCUUGUCAAUUUCCAUAGAUGAAUUGAAGAGAAGGCCCUUCACAAUUUAUAGUUCCCAAGACAUACUGUGUUUCUUGUCAGUGUUAGUGACCCAAGAAUGCCAAGUCCCUCCGUUGCUGAUAAGAAUGGCAUGUUAUAGUCCUGUUGACACAAACAAUGUAAAGUUCUUAGAAAUGAACUGUCAUAAAUGUUAGAGACUGGUUCAUUUUCAGCAAGGAAGAUAUCCAUCAUUAUGGCUCCCAUGUACUUCAUAGAUUCUCCUGUAUACUUGUCACUUUUUUGCAAUAAAGAGAUGACACUGAGCUAUAUGUGUUAUCUUUCAAAGAUAUUUUAUCAUUUUGUUAUCCUGGUAAAAAGAAGCAGCCUGAAAGAAGAGUCUCUGAUUUGGACACAGAAAGAUUGGUUCCAAAUUCAUCUCUGACAUUUACUAGCUGUGUGCCUAUAGGCAAUUCACUUAACCUCUCUGAGGUUCAGGCAACUCUCUAAGCCUCAUCUUGCUAAGUUAAGCACAGCUGCUGUGAGAGUUCCAUACCCAUAAAAUCACAGCUCCUUGAAGUAUCUCUGUUUUUCUUUGUCUAUGUGGCAAUGAUUGGACGAAAAAAAUUCAUGUCAUUGUUUGAAAAAACCAUCACGUAGAAUAAAAGUAUGCAUCAUUUUGAA